CACCCGAAACACCGAUUACUGGAAGAAGCAAAAUGUCGUACACAUUCCAUUCUUCCAGAGCAUCCGAGUAAUGCUGAAGGUUUUACGCAUGCCUGUUCCCCAGUGGGACAUGGAAAACCUGGAAGAUUACGGAAGGGUCUUCGGCGCUUUCGAAGGAUUGAAGCCGGCGCUCAUGGUUUCCGACCCGGAGAUUGUGAAGCAGAUACUUGUCAAAGACUUUUCCCAGCUCGCCAAUAGACGAGAAAUUUGUUUUAAUGAUGACGUUCUAGACAACAUGAUGUCCUCCGCAACCGUGGAACGGUGGAGGAAGAUUCGGCCCGCCGUCAGCCCCGCAUUCUCUACCGGAAAGUUGCGCAAGAUGAAUGGCCUUAUUCAAGACUGUGCGAAGCUGACUUGCGAACACUUACGCAAAGCGGCCGAGAACAAUGAAGAUCUGGACGUUAAACAAUUCUUCGGCCACUACACACUGGAUGUCAUUGCCAGGUGCGCGUUUGGAACAAAACUGGACUCGCACACCAAUCAGACCGAUGAAUUCGUAACGAAAGCAAGAAAGGCGUUCGCGACCAAAAUUAAUGCAUAUGUAGUGUUUCUGUUUUUCCUUAUGAGCCUGUUUCCACGGCUAUUCAAAGUAUUCGGCACGAAAGUUUUCCCGGGAGAGAUAUUUCAUUAUUUCAAGAAUACCUGCGCAAGCAUUAUCAAAAAGCGCAAAGAAGCUAAUAUCAGGCAUCAGGACUUUCUCCAGCUCAUGGUAGAUGCCCAAGAGUCGGGUAUCGUGGAAGUCAGCAGCGACGGUGGCCAAGACAUGGAGAACAGCCUCUACAACCUUGGGAGCGAGCAGAAGCCGGAGACCUCGUUCGUCACAAAAUCCCUGACAGAAGACGAAGCCUUGGCGCAGUGUGUGUUGUUCUUCACGGCUGGUCUGGAAACAACGUCGACCACGAUCGCCUUCGCCGUGUACCAGCUGGCCGUGUGUCCCGACAUUCAAGACAGGCUGAGACAAGAGGUCGACGACUGUUUCGCGAAACAUGGUCCAGAACCAAGCCUCGACGCGGUGUCCAAGCUCAAAUACUUGCACUGCGUCGUAUCAGAAACACUGCGCAUGUACCCUCCAGCGUUAAGGGUGGACAGAACAGCGACCCGAGACUACGUCAUGGAAGGUACUGGCAUCCGGCUGCCCAAAGGCUCCGUUGUCGGCAUCCCCGUCUACGCGUUGCACCACGAUCCCCUGAAUUUCCCGGAUCCCUCCGAGUUUGACCCGGAAAGGUUCAGCGACGAAAACGUGGGUUCCAUUCGGCCGUACUCGUACCUGCCUUUCGGCGCCGGUCCGAGGAACUGCGUGGGGAUGAGGUUCGCCAUCCAAAUGGUCAAGCUGUGCCUCGUGCACGCCGUGCACAACGUCCGGUUUGUGCGCACGGCCAAGACCCCGGUACCAAUGGUUUUUCAAAGGUGCGUGAGUUUGCUCAACGCAGAAGACUGGACAGUCGGAAUUCGUCAGCGUUGACACGGAGAUCUGACAAAUCGAUGUUGGGUGUACAAUCCCUCAAUAAAGCUCUUGGAGCAUCGAGUUCCGCAUCAUUGACAGGAAAUUCUCUCACUUGAACUCGCUUCAGUCACCGACAACUUCAGAAACACUGGGUGUGGCUUAUAAUAAUCACGUGAUUCGUUCUUUUGUGUAAUUAUGGCCUGAUGCCUUAAUGAGCUCAUUUGCUCCAGACCGAUGUAAAGAUGUUCGGGCCUCUGCACGCCUUGCGUUUCUUAAGAUGUCAUUAACUAUGGCUUUCUCACUGACUCACGUCUGACCAGCGGGAUUCCCUCUUUCAUUUAUAUACAUUGUUAUGUCAAUGCAUUACACGCCCAGAUGUUCAACACUAUAGUCAACGUUCUUCAUCUUUUCUCUUUCUUUUUUUAAAAAUAUUAUUGAGCUUUAGUGGUAGCUUUGAUUGCUCAAGGCUAACAGCGUAACUACCGAAUUUCGGCAAUGUUGACUGGACGAUACUACGCAACUCGUCUUCAAUUAUUAAAUGCAAGUUGAAGGCCUCUUGACAGCCGUGCUGCUUUGUAUCAUCCCUGCCAACCGAGUCAAUUCUUCAUUUCUUGUCUACAUAUAAUAUCCUCCAUAUUAUUCGGUGCGGGCAAGUUCAUACUUGCCCACACCAGGUGCGGGCACCGCGCGCCCGCAGAAACCAGAUGCGGACCUGCGCAUGCGCCGUGCCAACAUCAGCGCCACCGCAGCGGUGUGACGUCAGCAUCGCGUUGGUCUAUGGGACGCAUUCGAUUCAUGCGGAAUUUUAAGGAGGGCAGAUUUUCUAUUCACCAGAUGCAAGCAGAUAAAGUGAAAUAAUAACAACACAACGAACAACGUGUUUACCAUCUUGAUGAGUUACCCGAGACUGGGGCGGGAAACCUAUAAACAUCAACCGUGGAAGAGAAAGAAGAAGGUGACUGGAGGACAAAGUCUCAGACAAAAUAUGCUACGUCACGCAAAAAAAAAAAUGGCAGCGACCUCAGAACCGUUUAUUGCAAUGUGCUUCCUCAAAAAUUGUCAAUAAAAUUAUGUUCUUCCUAGAUGUGACCAUGUUAUUUGUUUAUGUUUGAAUUGCUGUACCUUAUU